GAGGAGGAGGAGGAUGGGACACUGCUGAUGCUGAUGCGAGAGCUUUCUCUGUCUGUGAUCAACAUCGGUGGACAGAACCUCGCAUCAUGGAUCUACCUGAUCUCAUUUGAACACCUUAGUUUUAUUUUUCUGGAGAAGGAGAGGCGAUGAUCCGGAGAACGACGCCGGAUCUGAGGAGGAAAUAACGGUUUCGACUCGUCACUCUUCUCUUCUCCUGGCCUGUCUCGGCUGACACAGGUGGACAGAGCGGGGAGGGGGACGUUUAAAACAAGGAAACGGAAGGAAAUGAAGACAUAGCGUUGGAUUAUAAAAUCCAAAAAGGAGAAACUGACCAUUUUCGCUAAUUAGGGCUAAAAUGUUAACCUGUUAGCAGUCUGGUGGGCUAAUUUGUGUAGCUAGUCGGCUAGCAGCCGCCUCGACCAAUGGCCGCGGAGAAGGUAGAUGCUCGAAGGAGGAGUUAGAGCCAGUUGUCCGGCAUAAACACGGCGGCUCCGGGGCUGAACAACCCCAGCAGCUGGAGCUCGUUUCGGCUUCGUGUAGCGCUAAUUACCGUUUGAGGCUCAGCCGCUGGUGCUGGUUUCGGCUCGGAGGCGUCAUGUCGGCGGUUUAGCGGCUCGCAGGCCGUGAGGGAAGGAAGCGUGCUGAUGUUGGAUGUUUUCUGGCUCAGCAACCAUGACAGAAAACCAGGCUGUGAGUGAAAACAUGUCUUAUGCGUUAAGGUAACGUUUUAGAAGUGUGGGUUUGGUUUUUGUUUUAAUAAACGGAACUGAUAUUUUGACUCUUGUUCACUGGAAAUUCAAAGUUUCAAGCAUUGAAAACAUGGCAGUGAAUUUGAAAAGCUGCUUCCUAACGAUAGAGGUUGUGUAGAUGGAGCCUACAGUUGUUUCUGGCCCUUUGGGGCAUGCUCAGUGGGAGCCAGAGCAGCCAUUUUCGCUGGGAUUUCAACCAGUGGAUCCAGACUGUGGAGGUGUUCUUAGUCCCAGCAGUACUGGUCAGACUGGUUUGGACUUCAGGAAAGGUGACUAUGACGAUGCAACGCCUCAGAAAAGUGUGGAAAAGCCUGUGGACCUGGAGGACCUCAUCACAGUCUCGGCUUUUUCCUGUGGGGAUCUGCAGCUGGAAGGAAAACAAGCCAGCGCUUAUCUGCAAGGGUUGACUUUAACUGAAAGUUUUGAGGAAAUCAGCGACAGCACUUUGUCGUGGCUCUUCUCUCCAACUCUGACUGAUGUGAUGGGGAAGGAGUUGACUUUAAAAGCAGAUUCCCAUGAGGAAUCCAACGCCGUCGCUGAUCAGGGCGACCUAAUAAGCCUCGGCUCUCCUUUUAACAUCUCCAGGAGGAAUUCUGGAGAGCCGUUUCUGCUGGUUGACCUCUCUGGGGUCACCCAGGACUCGCCCAGCGAGUUAAACUCUCAGAUUGCAGAGGAGCAGGCAGCGCUCCCUCCCUCUCAGACUUUGUCACCUGAAACCGGAGACAAAGGUUUAUUCCCUGAUCAAGUGACUGAUCUGCCUUUAACCAGCAGCUCUGCUGAGAGCUGCCAUUCGCCACCUUUGUUGGAUUUUGACAGUCCUGCUUCUGUUGUACCACAAAAUGAGGCUCAGUCUGCUGUAAUCGGCCAUGUUCCUUCAGAGGAAAGGAGUGAAAACGAUGAAGACUCUGUGGAUUUGAUGGAAGACCGAAGUAGUUUCGCUGCUAAAACGCGAUCAAACCAGGAGGAAAUGGCUCUGGAUCUGUAUUUGACUGCUGAGGAGGUUCAUGAUGAUGAUGAUGGUGGUUCAGAGGAGAGGCAGCAUCAGGUGGCGUCUUUUGAUUUAAACCUUCCUCCUCCUCCGGCGGCAGCGGGAAACGCCAGACAAGACGACGUGUCUUCUCUGAAAGCGGUGUUCGACGCCUUGGACCAAGACGGAGAUGGGUUCGUCCGCGUCGAGGAGUUUUUGGAGUUUGCGGCGGCCUACGGGGCAGAUCAGGUGAAGGAUCUGACCAAGUUUUUGGACCCCAGCGGUCUCGGCGUCAUCAGUUUUGAAGAUUUCCACAGAGGAAUCUCUGCGAUCAGUAAUGGAGGUCCAGAACCGCAGCUCUACAGCUACAACCCAGGGGACGGCGCCGGCGGCUGCCCAGAGGAUUACGACGAGCAGAAUGAGGUGACGGACAGCGCGUACCUGGGCUCAGAGAGCACCUACAGCGAGUGUGAGACGUUCACCGACGAGGACACGGCGGCGCUGGUUCCCCCAGAGAUGCACGAGGACGUGGAGACGGACAGCGGCAUCGAAGCCACGCUGCACGACCCCGACGAUGGGGGAAGCAGGUUCUCCCUGAACUCGGAGCUCCACAGCCACUCCCUGGUGACGGUCAUCAGCGGAGAGGAGGAGCACUUCGAGGACUUUGGGGAGAGCAACACGUCGGACCUGCUGCUGGAGAGCAGCGUGGACGGCUCCAUGGGGAAGGGCGCCGCCACGCCGCCCGAGCAGAUCAACGGCUCCGCCGUCAUUUCCCCCAGCGCCCCCGCCUGCCUCCCUGACUGCUUCCAGAGCUUCCUCAGGGAGGAGGCGCUGGACUUUUUCUGUAGCCAGUGUCACAGGCAGAUCAGUCGCCUGGAGGAUCUGUCCACACGCCUCAAUUUCCUAGAGAUGACUAGCGCCGGGAAGCGGCUUUCCAGCAAGAAGGUGGCGAGGCAUCUGCUGCAGAACAGCUCCAUGACUCUGGACACCAUGAGCGACCUGACGCGGGACAUCCUGGAGCUCGCCGACAACGACAUCACAGACAAGGUGCUGCUCCUGGAGCGGCGCGUGGCGGAGCUGGAGAAGGAGUCGGAGGCGUCGGGCGAGCAGCACGGCCGGCUGCGGCAGGAGAACCUGCAGCUGGUGCACCGGGCCAACGCGCUGGAGGAGCAGCUGAAGGAGCAGGAGCUGCAGGCCGACGAGCUGCUGCAGCAGGAGAACCGCCGCCACAAGGAGGCGCUGUGCAAGCUGGAGAGGGAGAAGGGACUGGAGCUGGAGAACGCCCAGGCCCGGCUGCAGCAGCUGGACGAUGAGAACAGCGAGCUGCGGUCCUGCGUUCCCUGUCUCAGAGCGAACAUCGAGCGGCUAGAGGAGGAGAAGCGGAAGCUUCAAGACGAGGUGGAAACUCAGACCGACAGGCUGAACGAGGAGACGGAGUCCCGCAGGAAGAUGGCCGACAAGCUGAGUCACGAGCGCCAUCAGAACCAGAAGGAGAAGGAGAGCACCCAGGAGCUGAUCGAAGACCUGCGGAAGCAGCUGGAACAUCUUCAGCUCUACAAGCUGGAGGCCGAGGCCAAGCGAGGCCGAACCCCCGGCGCCGGGCUGCAGGAGUACCAGACCCGGACCCGGGAGGCCGAGCUGGAGCAGGAGAUCAAACGACUCAAACAGGACAACCGAACUCUGAAAGAGCAGAACGACGAGUUGAACGGACAGAUCAUCAACCUGAGCAUCCAGGGAGCCAAGAACCUGAUGUCGGCCUCCUUCUCCGACUCCCUGGCAGCCGAGAUCAGCUCCGUGUCUCGGGCUGAACUAAUGGAGGCCGUUCACAAACAGGAGGAGAUCAACUACCGACUCCAGGAUUACAUCGAUAAGAUCAUCGUGGCCAUCAUGGAGUCCAACCCCUCCAUCCUGGAGGUCAAAUAGGCCGCAGGCAGCCUUACUGGGAACGGCCGCUGCUGCCGGCUCCACAGGCUGUGAACUUAUUUAUAACAAACUGGCACUAAGAAAACGAAGGAGAGGAUGUAAAAAUUAAUUUAUUGGACCUUCUUACAACACUCAUGACUCCAGACUGGCUUAGAAAAGAACGACGAUAAAUUUCUACAAAGUCCAAGGCUGUCAGUAAAAAAUAAGCUUGUUUUCGUUUCUUUUCGGUUUGUGUGGAUGUGCGUUGGCCUCCUGAGCGCCGUUGGGUUCUGGUGACUUCCAUGUAUUUGGCUGGAGGAACCCGAGCCCCCUGGUGGCUGAAUGUGAAAAUGCAAGUGUAGAUUAGCUCCUCCUUUAUUCCCAAUCAGCUUCUAAUCCACCUAAAACCGAUCCGCUAGUUCUACCAAAACGCCUUAAAGGAAGGUUGAUCAAAGUAUUUCAUUCUGCUGAGUGCACCGUAAGCGACUCGGUCCGACCCGAGGAAACCCGACCCAGGCUGAGUCGUGUUUUUACGACCCGCAUGAAGCGCAGGUCAGGGGUCAACGACGGUUGGUCUCUAAAGCUCAACCCGAUGAGGGAGGUUUCUCCUGAUCAGAAACUCCAACAGGGUUUUGCUUUGUGUGUGUGUGUGUGUGUGUGUGUGUGUGUGUGUGUGUGUGUGUGUGUGUGUGUGUGUGUGUGUGUGUGUGUGUGUGUGUGAGACGUUCCCUUGCUUUUUCUGUGUUUGUGUGAACCAAAAUGGCGACACUAAAUGCAGUGAAAAGCAUAAAACAAUCAUUCCUGUAGGGGAGAAAACUAACAAGAUGAAAGAAGUGGUUUAUUGUUUGGUUUAUGUUUACAAUGAAACAGGGUCCUGGAUGUCAGGCGGGCUGGAACAGCACUACACACAUUUAAAGGGCCAGCUGGAGAAAAUAAGCACUUCUUCUUACCUACAGUAGAUUUCUCUGUCUGCGUCGAUUCAGGAUAAAUCCAGAGAACUCGGCUCCAGAAACAGAAGCAUCGGCUAAUCCCAAUGAGUUAGCCAUUAGCUGUAAACCUCCAAAAACAUCACUUUGGUUUAGGUGAAUCUUAUUAAUCUUUAAACAGUAAUUUACAGAGACAGAUCAUUGGAGGCGGUGCGCCACUAAAAGUCUUCCUGUCUGAAAAAGUGAAGCUAACGGCUACUACGAAAAGAAUUGGCAGGUAGCCUCAAAAUAUUAAUUAAAUUCACAAAAAUCACAUUGAUAAUUUGAACAGUCAUUGACAGAGAUAAUCAUUGUUUGCAUGGAGGCUGGAGGUGGUGCGCCACCAAUAGUCUUCCUGUGUGAAACGCCUACGAAGAAUGAAAAAACUGAAGCAUUUAUAGUCAGCACCGUCAUUUUUUUGUUUGUUUUUGUUUUUUAAAACAAUGCAAGAAGCUAAACAUAUAAAUCGACUUGUGUGUCUGGUACUUGUUAUGAUCAGUUUAUUUCACACAGGAAGAUUAUUGGAGUCACACCAACUCUUUAGUUCCCCAUCUAAACACUCAGCAGUUUUUCUUUAAAAAGAAAAGACAGCUUGAUGCAAACAAUGUAACGGUUAGCUUGAGAGGCUGGAGCUAACUCUGGAUUUACUCUGAUUUAGGACUCCAAGUGAGCAUGACACUGUAGGGUAAGAUAUUGACUGUGCAUAGCCCUUCAACAGAUCCUCAGUUCAGUAAUUCUGCGCUGUCCCUUUAAAUGAAUCCCGACCAACCCAGUAUGUAACCCAGUACAGCCCGCCUGAUCCCAGCGUCGUCUUGCUGAGUGCAGCAGGGAAGUUUAACGUGUUUUUUUACUGCAACUAUUAAAUGCCGGCAUUUUGACAAGUUGUAUGUGAAGAAUUUAGCGCUUGUGUUUUGCACUAUGAUUUGUUUUUGUUUUUGGAAGUAGGAUGAAAUGCUAUGAAAUGAUUAUUUGUAGGAAUCUGUUGAAGAGGGAAAAGUAUCACACUAUGACGCCAUGUUGAGUCGAACAUAUCCGAUGAUUCUGCAGCGUUUCUUUAAAUGCAACUCUGAGCAUCAAGCUUGGAGACUUCAGACGUUUUUGUAGCAAUAAUGCAGGAUAAGAAAUGAAUGGAGGGUAAUUCUUCCUUCCUUCUGCUGGGUGAAGACAUCAUGAACUGAUUCUGGACUCUUAACGCCAACCUGGAUGUGGAUUUAUAUCACGACCUUUGACACCAGUACGUCUGAUUUCCUCGUUUUUUCACUCUGUUCGCCUCUUUCUCACUGCUCUUCACUCGCCACUCCAUGAAGGAAAGACAAAAAAACUAAACAAUGGCCUUGGAUGUAAAUGUCUUGUAAAGUUUUUUUCUACACUCAUUCUAGAUUCUAGGUAUUUUUCUAGUCGCAGCAGAGGAACGGAAGGUCGCCUGUGCUCUGUAGCAUGUAGCGUGUACAGUUUCUGUCGGGGUUCUUCGUCUCACGCCGGUAUUUAUUCGUCGACGGCUCACACUGACCUGUUCUGCUGAAACAAAUAUGUUUGUGCUUUAUUGAAUUCACACUUAUUGACACUGAUCAACGCGGCGGGAGAGUUUAUUAGCGAGGUAAGAGUUAGCUGAGCUGCACAAGAUGGCCGCCUGAGGUCAACGCGCUCUUCCGUGAAGGUGAAGUUUUUCCUGUUGUCUUCCCGGAGGGAGUCGGUCCUGCAUGGAUGCACAGAGUUCUUGUUGUACAUCUUGAUCCACGAUCACUAAGAUGACAUUUUAAAACCUCCUGGCUUUCACAAGGGUGAAAAAAGGUUUUUAAUAAUUCCUGAUUUCUUUGAGCAAAAAUACGACGUAGACGUAUUUUUAGGUGUCUAAUUAUGCCUGUAUAUUUUUUCUUUUUGUAGAUUAGAUUUGCACUUUCACCUGAUCAAUCAUCUCAUUUCCUGGGUUAAAAAUGACCAAAGACUGAUUCUGUUCUGAAUUUUUUCUGAAAGAAACUGACCUGGUAGCAGAGCCGGUCCAAAAAUAAUCUACGGCCUUUGGCAGAACUUGAUUUUGGGCCCCCAAACUACCAUGACAGCUAAACGAUAUAUAUAAAUUAAAGCAGUUUUUUCUACUAAUGCUACUUCUAAGAUGUUAGCCUAUUAAACCAAAAAUAUUUUACUCAAAGUGUUUUCCCGCCUGUCGCUUCUAAGGCGCUAAGUUGCCGCUCAGUUUGCUUCUACCUUGGUCCGGCUCUGCCUGUAGUCUAAACACUGUCUCUCGCUAAACCUGAUGAUGAGCCCUGGAUAAAGUCAGUUGGUUUUAAAUUAUGCGAUAUACAUCUGAGCUGUAAAUAUAAACAUUUUUGCAGACUUCUUUCCUGUUUCCUUCAAAUGCGUCUGAAGGUUUGCUGAAGGCGUCGCCAUCCGAGUCGUGCUCAGCUUGUGUGACGGAGAAGGACAGGAAGCAAAUACUGUAGAAAAGAGAAUCUGUAAGAAGUAAAUUUAUUCCUAUUUUCAAAGAUAAAUGUAUAAAUUAAUGUAUAAAUUAUAACAGUAUUGGGUACAGCUGUAUAAUAUUUUUGGAGCUCCCUACAAAUGAUUUACUCCUAAUUGUUACUGGGGAAAUAUGUCAUUUAUUGUAAGAAGAGAAUUUAAAGGUAAAAAGUGGAAGUAAGAAUAAAAUAAAUAAAUGGAAUAAAAAAAA